GUUUUGGAUUCUGGAAUUCUUUUGUCUCGCUCAUUUGACCUGGUUUGUGCACGUCUGGUUUUGUGAUUCGUUGGGUUAGAGUUAGUGCAUGGCGUUAAAGCGUCACUGUACAAACUGCAUAAAGAAUGAAGAAUGAGGUGCAGCAGCUCAAUGCAAAAACUUCAAUGGAGGAUUUCAUUUCAGAUCGCAGCAUGAUGAGGGAACCUCUCUUGGGCACUUCCAAGGGUGGCUUAAGGACCCUCCCUUUCAUUUUAGCAAAUGAGGCAUUUGAGAAAGCUGCAAGUUAUGGGCUUUUGCCCAAUAUGAUAUUGUAUUUGAUGGGAGGAUAUGGUAUGGAAUUGGCAACUGGGUCUAAUUUUAUCUUCUUCUUGAGUGCUGCCACCAAUUUGACCCCUGUUAUUGGUGCUUUUCUUGCUGAUUCUUUUGUGGGUCGAUUUUGGAUGAUUGGAUUUGGUUCCAUUAUUAGUUUUCUGGGCAUGAUUCUUCUUUGGUUGACAGCUAUUAUCCCUGGUGCAAGGCCAUGUGAUGAGUCUGGUUCUGAGUGCACGUCCUGGAAUAUAUUCCAAUUUACACUUCUAGCAUCUUCGUUCGCUCUUAUGUCAAUUGGAGCUGGUGGUAUCAGGUCAUCUUCCUUAGCGUUUGGUGCUGAUCAAUUGCUCACGAGAGAUGAUCUUGGAAAUGCAGGCAUUUUGGAGAGGUUCUUCAACUGGUAUUAUUUUGCUGCCUCUGCUGCAGUUGUGGUUGCUUUGACUUUGGUGGUGUAUAUUCAAGAACAAUUUGGGUGGAAAGUUGGUUUUGGAGUUCCAGUCAUGCUCAUGUUGCUGUCUUCUCUUUCGUUCUUCUUGGCUUCUCCCUUCUACGUCAAGUUGAAGGCCAAGGCAGGGUCCUUUGUAUCAUUUGCUCAAGUUUUGAUUGCUUCAUGGAGAAAGAGAAGUUUGCAUUUAUCAGAAAGCGCAGACGAAGUGUACUAUCCGAAGAAGGGCUCAAGACCAACUAGGCCGAGUGACAAACUUAGGUUCUUAAAUAAGGCUUGCAUUGUUGGAAAUGCACAGGAGGAACUUACACCAGAUGGAAAUGCUUCUGAUCCUUGGAGACUAUGUACCAUUGAUCAGGUGGAAGAGCUGAAAGCCCUCAUAAAGGUGAUUCCAAUGUGGUCAACAGGAGUUGUGAUGUCAGUAACUAUCAGCCAGACUACAUUUCCUGUCCUACAAGCAGGAUCUAUGGAUCGUCACAUCAUCUCAUACUUUGAAGUUCCAGCUGGCUCCUUCGCAACAUUCACAAUCAUCUCAAUAUUAUUAUGGAUUGGCACUUAUGAUCGCAUUAUUAUACCUUUAGCCGCAAGAAUAAUGGGAAAGCCAGCUCGACUGAGUGUCAGAAAACGUAUGGGGAUUGGCCUCAUUCUCUCGUCCAUGUCAAUGGUUGUGUGUGCCAUAAUAGAGGGUGUCCGGCGUGAGACAGCUAUUAAGGAAGGAUUUUCAGAUGAUCCAAAAGGGGUGACGGACAUGUCAGCUUACUGGUUGCUGAUUCAUCAUAUGGUUUCUGGCAUGGCUGAGGCUCUUUUUGCAGUUGGGCAAAAUGAAUUUUUCUAUUCAGAAUUUCCAAAGAGCAUGGCGAGUGUGGCAACAAAUCUUUAUGGUGUGGGCAUGUCUGUGGCAAGUCUGAUUGCAAGUUUGAUCAUGAGUAGCAUCGACAGCAUUACGAGCAGAGAUGGAAAAGAGAGUUGGGUAUCAAGCAACAUAAACAAGGCUCAUUUUGAUUACUAUUAUUGGUUCCUUGCUGGUUUGAGCAUAGUGAAUUUCUUUUACUAUCUUCUCUGCAGUAGAGCUUAUGGCCCGUCUUUAGGCGAGCAGAACAGAUUUUGGGAUGACGAGGAGAUUGUAAAUGAAUGAUGGUUAGAUAGAAAUUUUAGGCCCAUCUCCUCUCACAUGAGAAUUAAUGAGAGUUGUGACCUCCUAUAAGCUUGAGACCCUUUCACAUAACAGAUGAAAAUGAAUUGAUUGUGAUUUAGUGCUAAGGUCAAAUAUAGCGUACACUUCUAUAUAUGUUGAUAUACAUGUGUUGUAUAAAUAUAUUAGUGUUUAAUCUACACUCUUUAAAAGGUAAAUUUUCAUUUUAAA